AACUAAUUCACGAAAAGAUUAUUUCUCUCAGUGUUUCAGUUUUGUUUUUUUCAUUAAAUGGACCAACUAGCUAAAGUAUUUUCUCUGCAAGAGCAGCUGGUGGAUUUCAAGGGUCCUUAUAAGAAUGAAUUAGCGACCAUUAAACUUUUGCAUGAACCUACCAAGAAGCAACAUUUUCAACAACUAACCAAACAAUUGUUGGCUCAUCUGGAAAAGGAAGAGCAAAACCAACGACAUGACCAUCAAUCCUGUCAAGAGGAGGCGCGACUCCUUAGAGAGGAGGGUAAUCGCAUAUAUAAAGCAAUGUCAAAUCAGAAUCGUUUACUCGAGGCCUGCCGACUUUACACCAAAGCAAUUUUUAAAGCCGAAAGUGCUUAUGAUGAGCUCUGUCUUGCAUUUGCCAAUAGAGGCAUGGCACUCCAGGAAUUUGGCUACUACCAAGAGGCCUAUGACGAUUGUUGCCAUGCUUUGGAAUUUGGUUAUAACCAGAAAUUGCAACACAAAAUUGUCAUAAGACUAGCAUAUUGUGCAGCUAAAUUAAAAAAUAUUGAGGAUUUGGAACGACAUCUCGAAUGUCUAAGAGAAAAAGAUUUAAAUGAUGGCUAUAUAAAGCAAUUGCUGGAACUAGAAGAGAUUCUUACAGAUUUACAGGAAUCUAAAGACACUGCAAAUAAGCAGACUCAAAAAGAGGAGCAUUUGGACAAACAAGAAAUCAUUAUAGAUUCCAAUUGUGAUAAUCGCUAUAUGAUAGCCAAGAACAACAUUGCGGCGCAUGAAGUUAUUUUCCAGGAAAUGGCCUCGGCCUUUGUGCCCAUCGAGGAUAACAUCAUUUGCCAUCAAUGUGCCACCAGCUUCAUGUGUGCUCCCAUACCCUGUCCGCAUUGCCAUCACAGGGUAAUAUACUGUUCGCGAGCAUGCCGACAAAGUCAUCUGUAUAUACAUCAAUACGAAUGUGCAGCCUACAGGCUUAAUCUGCUGCAGAUGCUCGGGGUCUCUCAUUUGGCCAUGCGUUUGGUACUCACUUACCUACCUGAAAUAUUAACCCACUUUACGCAAGACUCAAACACUUUAGAGACAUGGACGAAAUUGUUGGAGUUAAAUCAGAAAGGCCACAGCAAAGUUGACCCAUUAAGACCACAAUAUGCAACAAGUCUCGGCAUGAUUAGCCACCUGAAUAAAGUUUCACCGAAUGAGCUAAUGUAUUAUGCCUUGAGUGCUAACUUACUCCAAGUCUAUUUGGAAAAGCAUACGAAAUUCUUCGAGCAAUUUCCUCUCAACAAAAGACAAGAUUCCAAAAUCAUUGUAUCUGCUCUUAUUUUGCGACAUGCUGGUCAACUACUAGUAAAUGGACAUGUGGGCUAUGCUCUCAGCUUUAGCUUGGAUUUACCUCUAUUAGAGCCAAGCAUUUGGCAAUCAACCUGGCGACUAAAAUUGGGUUGUCUUCACAAAUUGAGCCAAAUAAAGCUGACAACUGCAAUGAAUCUGCCAUACUUGAGUCUAUGUAAUCAUGCAUGUGAUCCUUCCAUAAGGACCAAAUUCGAUGGUCGCCAAAUAAUCGUUUAUGCCAGUAAAAAUAUCAAAGCGGGCGAUGAGAUCUUCAAUUGUUAUACCCAGGAUUACAACAACAGCUUAAGACAAGAGCGCACAGAGCAUUUGCAAGAUGUUUACAAAUUUCAAUGUCGUUGCACGAAGUGUAUGAAAUCAGACUACGAUGAGGCAUAUUUGAAUUAUCAUCAAUAUAAGUGCGAAAGUUGUGGCAAAUGGUUUGCUCCUACAAAUUUGAAUUGGUGGCUGGAAUCCGACUUGGAAGUGGCCAUAGAUUGUACGCAUUGUAAGGUCCAACAGGUCUUUCCUUGGUAUCAACAAUUUUUCCAGCUUUUAGAGAACAUCCAUGACAAAUCGUCGAGACAAUUGCUUUACAAAUCGUUUUACCAACUUAAUAAUUGUUUAUUGGAUCACAAUAGCCUCAAACUGAAUAUGGCUGGAGAGCUUAUUGAGGCCUGCUUUAAGGCCCGCGAAGAUGGCUACUCUUUGGACACUGAGGAUUAUCUAAAUUUGGAGAAAGUUAUAAGACAACAAUUACUUGCCGUUUCAGUCCAGAAAGGCAGUCAUUCAUUAAACUAUUUAGGCAAAAUGACUUACCUAUGGGAUUUAAUGGCCUUGAAAAAAUGUAAAUUAGAUAAAGAAGAGUUGGAAACUAUGUUAAAACUUUUAGAAAAUUUAGCCCGAGAGAUACGUGAUAUUUUCAUAAAUUACUACAACGAUUUUAUUGAGCAACAACAACAAUGUAAAUAA